GCCUCCUCCUCCUCCCCCCCGCCGCCCCCGCCCCAACUUUUCUUCUUGCAUGAUUUCCCUCGCACGGAUUUGCCACUCGGAUGUUGUUUCCUCGGGAGCCGAGCUCGGAGCCACGUUGAACCAGCCUUUUCCUCCAGUGCUAUGACAGGCAAACUACUGGAGAAGCUGCCGGGGACCAUGAACACUUUGAUGAACCAAUUGCCUGACAAUCUGUACCCAGAGGAGAUCCCCAACUCUUUGAAUAUCUUCUCCAGCACCAGCGACUCGGUGGCUCACUACAACCAGAUGGCUGCAGAUAAUGUUAUGGACAUUGGCUUAGCGAACGAAAAGGCCGGUCAGGAAUUGUCCUCCUACUCGGGCACUUUUCAACCUGCCCCGGGCAACAAGACUGUCACCUACCUGGGGAAAUUCGCUUUUGACUCGCCCUCCAACUGGUGCCAGGACAACAUCAUCAGCCUGAUGAGCGCCGGCAUCCUGGGGGUGCCGCCGUCCUCGGGCGCGCUCACCAGCACGCAGAGCUCGGCGGGCAGCAUGGGGCCGCCGCAGGGCGAGGUGGACCAGAUGUACCCCGCGCUGCCGCCCUACUCCUCCUGCAGUGACCUCUACCCAGAGCCUGUCUCCUUCCACGACCCCCAGAGCAACCCUGGCCUCACCUACUCCCCCCAGGAUUACCAGGCGGCCAAGCCCGCCUUGGACAGCAACCUCUUCCCCAUGAUCCCAGACUAUAACCUCUACCACCACCCCAACGACAUGGGCACCAUCACGGAGCACAAACCCUUCCAGAGCUUGGACCCCAUCCGCGUCAACCCGCCCCCCAUAACCCCGCUGGAGACCAUCAAGGCCUUCAAGGACAAGCAGAUCCACCCGGGUUUCGGGGGGCUGCCGCAGCCGCCCCUCACGCUCAAGCCCAUCCGACCCCGCAAGUAUCCCAACCGGCCCAGCAAGACGCCGCUGCACGAGCGGCCCCACGCCUGCCCGGCCGAGGGCUGCGACCGCCGCUUCUCCCGCUCCGACGAGCUCACCCGUCACCUCCGCAUCCACACGGGCCACAAGCCCUUCCAGUGCCGCAUCUGCAUGCGGAGCUUCAGCCGCAGCGACCACCUCACCACCCACAUCCGCACCCACACCGGCGAGAAGCCCUUCGCCUGCGAGUUCUGCGGCCGCAAGUUCGCCCGCUCCGACGAGCGCAAGCGGCACGCCAAGAUCCACCUCAAGCAGAAGGAGAAGAAGGCCGAGAAGGGCUCGGGUGUGCAGCCCCCCGCCGCGCCCCCCGCCGCCACCGCCACCACCUCGCCCCCCGUCGCCCUCGCCCCCGCCGUCACCACGUGCGCUUGAGGGAUUGUGGGGGGCGGCGCGGUGGCACCCCUUCUCCUCCCCUUGCCCUCGGCACCGCUCCGGGGGGAACCCCACGGUGUUCAGGAUACCGGGGUUGUGCUGCGACGGGUCCGCUCUGCCCGCACCCGGAUUGACCGGGUCCAGGCUGCCCGCACCUGGAUCCUGCCUGCACUUGGAUCGAUGGGACCCGCACCGCCCGCACCCGGAUUGCCCGGACUCGCGCUGCCCGCGCUGGGAUUGCCCGCAGCACCUGGAUCCCGGCUGCCUGCUCCUGCACCUUCCACAUCCCGGCUGCUUCCACCUGCACUGCCCGGGGCCGGGCCGCCCGCACUGCCUGGAUCCCGGCCGCCCGCUCCCGCAACUCCCGGAUCCCGGCUGCCCGCACCCGCACCGCCCGGGGCCGGGCUGUCCGCGCCCUCCUUGCCCGGCUCUCCCGGAUCCCCGCUCCCGCACCUGGAUUACUUGCACCGCCCGGAUCCCGCCUGGAUUGCCCCAUCCCGGCUCUCCCGCACCCCUCGGCCCUCACCCGGCACCUCCCGGCUCCGUCCCGCCCGCACCCACCCGGCCCGGCUCCGGGCUGCCCGGGCGGCAGAUCCCGGGAAUAAUCGCGGCUGACCUGGAUCCCGGGGCUCGGUCCGACCCGCCCGCCCUGCCGGGGCUGGCUGCUCCAGGAUCGGCCUCCCCCGGUCCCGUCGUGCCCGGCUCCCCCGGGGCUGGGCGCUCCAGGAUCCGUGAGGGGAUGGACGGAUGGAUGGAUGGAUGGAUGGAUGGACGGAUGGACGGAUGGACGGAUGGACGGAUGGAUGGAUGGAUGGAUGGAUGGAUGGAUGGACGGACGGACGGAUGGAUGGAUGGAUGGAUGGAUGGAUGGAUGGAUGGAGCUCAUCUGGCUCCUCUCCUCGCUGGGCCUGGAGCCCCGUUGCCCCCCCGGCCCCGUGUCCCCCGUGUCCCCAAGCACCGGCUCCCCGUGCUGGAGGUAAGAGGGCUCAGCCCCCCAAGCCAGGCUGGUGGGGCGGGGGGCGGCUCUGCGGGUCCCCCCAACUCCGGGGGGCAGCGGGGAGCGAUGUCCCGGCAGCAGCUUUUGGGUUUGUUUUCUUAUUUUUGUUUUCUUUUCCUUUUUAUUAUAUUUUUUUCUUUGUUUUCAGCAGAAGGGAAAUUCUUUACAGAAAUACAGGGAAAAAAAAAAAGAAUACUUUUUAUAAUGUGAGAUAUUUUUAUUUUAUUUUAUUUGGUCACUUUAAAACAACCACCCAACUAUGGAGGAGAAAAAUCAAUUAGUCCUCUAUUUUAUUAUUUUUUUUUUCUUUCUCCUUCUGGUAUGUGCAUGUCAUUGCAUGACUGCUCUGAUUUUUUUCUUCUUUUGUUUUAAUAAAACUGUGCUCAGACAUUUAAGCUAAACUAAGCAAAAAUAAUAAUGACUUAAAAAGAAAAAAAAAUCUUUGUUGCCAAAAGGUCGUGCUAUCCAGGUUUGAUGUCUGCAUGUGAAAAAAAAAACACAAAAAAACACAUUAAAAACGUACAAAAAAUAAAGAGAAGAGGAAGAAUGCAGUCUAAUUUAUGUGAACUGAAAGGAACAAAAAAAAAAAAAAACAAACCACAAUCAGGUUUAACCACACAAACCUAAGGGAAUGAUAUUUUUUGAAAGACUUUUGUAUAAAGUUGAGUACUUAGAGAAAAAAAAAUCAUACCAGAUGUAAUAUAUUUUGUGGAUGUUUUUAUUUCUUGGAUUUAUAGUACCUUAUACUAAGGUUAAAAAAAAUUAUGCUUGAUAUUGUGAAAAGGUGAUAAUUUUCACACACAUUUCAUUUGCUCAUUUGUCAUGUUGUAAUGCAAAUAUGAUAGUUAAUGCAUACAGCAUUUUUAAGGGAAAAAAUCAGAAAUAUUGAACUGAUGUAUUGUUGUACCAUUUGCACUGUGAGCAAAUGCUAAUGCAGUAAAUAUAUUGUGUUUGCUGACAAUCAAAAUCUGUAGUAAAUAUCUUUAUUUGCUUAAAUUGAUCUAUAUUGGUUUGGAAAGUAAAAAAACCCAAGGUUUUAAUGUGUAAGGGGAGUGUAAAAAUGGUUGAAAUGUGCAGGGAAGUGGGUGCUGUGUCUCUUUACGGGCGACUUUGAAACCUGUCUGUACAGAAUUUUUUUCCUAGUGCUGUAUUUCCUUAAAUAUUAUUUUUUUAUAUGAUUUUUUAAAAAAAGUAACCCA